AUUUUGUUCGUUACACAGUCAACGGCGUCAAUGGAGAUUUGGUUUGUUUCAUUGCGGCUGGUUGUGACGUAUCUCCACGUUUUCGAGGAAUUCACAUACGUUCGAAAGAAGUAGGAAUGCAACGUUGAAUCUUCAACAUUAAGAUUCCAUUUGGGUUACGGCGAAGUGGAAAUCGAGAAAGGAAUUUUAUAGGUUAGAAAGAGUCAAACAUGUCGCAAGAGGAAGAAGUUUUGGGUGAGAAAAACGAAGUGCCUCACGCAAACAACGCGCUUCUUUUUCGGCUUGCUAUCACCAAGAGUUUUGAAAACAUCUCUGAAUCUGUUAGUAAGGAAGAGUUUCUCGAAUUAUUGACUAUCAUUAAGAAACAGCCAUCUUCUUCGCUUGGUCGCAAAUUGUAUAAAGCUAUGGUCGAUGAAUUGUUGGAGAAAAUGAACGAUCAAUUGAAUGAAAUAUAUCAAGAGGGUUCAUUGGAAGCUGGAUUGACGAAACUUUCCAAACUGUCCGAAGAAGCAGGAAAUACAGUUACUAAUGAAACUGUUUGGAGACCACCUGGGGAUGUUAAAUUACAUUUGAGAUCUCUAGACGCAGAAAAGAUUAAGAUGGAAAGUGAAAAACUAGAGGAAUGGUUGACUGAAAUAGAGAAUGAAAAUGCUACGUUAAUGAAGAAACUGGCUAAUGAUAGAGCUAAGGUGUGCACUACCGGUAACAGAAUAGCAAAGAAUUUACACCGUGCUCCUAUGAUUCAAGAACAUUUGGAAAAUCAAGUCGAGCAGUUGCAACAUUUGCUCCAAGUAUUGGAAGGAGAUUAAAUUGAGACUCUCUUGUCGUUUUGUUUGCAAAUACGAGAUAAGAGGAUUUCAAUCGAAUUGUUAGAGAAGAAGUAUGAAGACAAAGAGGUAGAAUCUCUAUUCAUGGAAUGAUCAUGAAUGAUCAAGAAAAAAGACCGUUUAUGGUGUGACGAUCAACGAAAGAAUUCAAAAUAUGUUGAAAAGGGAUUGGUGGAAGUAUUUCAAUUUCCAUUUAAAAAUUUUAUUUCUUUAUUUGUAUGAUUUAUAGGUCAUACCGAUUUAUAGGUCGUGUAUCAUAGUCAAUUUUUAUGUCAUAUUAAAUUGACCAUGUUUAUUGCCAUAGUAAAUCGUCCAUUUUUAUGCCGUAGUAAAAGAAAAUGAUUUUAUAUUCAUAAAUGUUACUUAAUUCGUCAAUUUUGUUAGAUUUCAUUUGAUGACUUGUUGGUUAGGACAACGUUAAUUUUAUCUCGUAACUCUUGCGAGAUAUUUUUCAUUCUCGAUGCUCUCUCUAAUUUACGACGUAAAGCUAUAUUUCUUUUCUACGAAAUAUUAUUAAAUUAAUUGUAACAUCUCGUUUAUAGAGUGUAUUUACACAAGAACAUAAAAUGAUUAUCAUAAUUAUAAUUAAUCUCAUAAAA